AUUCAUUACGAAACAUUCCUCUUGUGAGUCAUGGUCCACGCUCAUCCCCAGCUGAGCUCAGUAGCUCCAACCAACGGUUGUUGCGAGAACGAAAGACGUCCGCUCCGUCGCACUCCAGCCAACCCACCCUCUUCACUUUUGAGUCGCCUUCUAAUCACAUCCGGACCACUCUUUCUACUAGUGCUCCUCAAGACUAUCUCUUUCUACACCAGUGCAUGAGUCAAAAAUCAGAAAACACUAGGAGUGCGAGUUUCUCUCAAGCUACAAGGUUCUUCAUGAGAAGCGACCCAUCAGUUCAGAAACUGUCUCAGGAGAACGGGCACUGCGUCAACGGGGUGGGCGGGCAAGUCCACGGUUUCUACAGUUUGCCCAAGCCAAGCCGGCACAACUCGGAGCUCAGAGACAGUGCCUAUGACUUGCCAAGAAGUUUUGGGUGCUAUGCCCACACCAAAUCGAGCCUCACCGGCUCAGAAACAUCAGAUAGUGAGGAGGUCUAUACCUUCAAGACCCCCAACAGCACCCUUUGCAAAGACUUUGGGGAGCUUUCCACAGACUCCUACGACAUUCCCGGUACCCCUCUGUCAAUUUAUCAGAUCCCAAGGACCUUCACGCUGGACAAGAACCACAAUGCCUUGACGGUGGCUUCUAGUGACACGGUGGCGACUCCUCCACCCAGACCUCCCAAACCGGGGCAGGCGGAAUCCCGCUGGGGUAGCCCCCAACAACGCCUGAUGGACAGCGAAGGCCUAAGCAUGAGUCCAGUGGUUACUACCAUUCCCAGAAGGAACACCCUGCCGGCAGUGGAGAACUGCAGGUUACACCGAGCUUCUUCCUGUGAAACCUAUGAAUAUCCCCAGCCCAGCAGCAGUGGCACAGUGCCAUCAGCAGAGUCUACAAACAUCGGGCCCAGUUCGUAUCUGCAAAACAAAACCGUUGUGGCUCGCUCCCAUAGUGCGGACUCCGAGGACAACUACGUCCCCAUGAAUCCAGGUUCUUCCCUCCUGCAGAACACGGAGCGCUCUAAUGACAGCUCCCAACACCUCUACAUCCCAAUGAGUCCUGGGCCGCAUCACCUUGACUUGAUGGGACACUCCUCAUCUACCUUCCCCACUCAGAAAGGUAGCAGCAGCACGCAGCCGUUGAGGCGGAUGAGUGAGAUCCAGCCCCCACCCGUCAACCGCAACCUUAAACCGGAUCGAAAAGCAAAACCGACCCCACUUGACCUGAGGGGCAAUUCAGUCAUAGAUGAACUUCCCUUUAAAUCACCAGUCACAAAAUCAUGGUCUAGGCCUGGCCAGACCUUCAACUCCAACUUUUCUCAAUAUUGUCGUCCCACCUCUACCCAGAGCAUCACCAGCACUGACUCAGGAGAUAGUGAAGAAAAUUAUGUGGCCAUGCAAAACCCAGUUUCUGCAUCUCCCAUUCCCAGUGGGAAAAGUAGUCCAGCCCCAAAGAAGAGCACUGCAAGUGUUGACUACCUGGCCCUGGACUUCCAGCCAAGCUCACCUGGUCCUCACCGAAAGGACGAAGGAGUUGAGAUCUUCUAGACAACAUUCUUGUUCAACAUUGUCACCUACCUGGCUUCUGAAGGGAAGAGGAUCUGAGAAAGUUCUCUAAGCACAAAACACCAGAGAGAUGGCAGCUAAGAAUUGUUUUCCCCCCAUCAGUUGGUUGAUAGUCCCUGAAUUUUGCAAAAUUACAGUGUCGUUGGGUGAGGGCAGGGAUGUGAGCUAUCAGUUCAAGGCCAUAUUAAGUUUGAUAGAUCACAUUGAGUCCCUUACUCUAAACUUAGUGGAGCAUGGCCCAUAUGGAGAGGGGGAUACAGGAGUUUUGAAGGGUAAAAGUCCUUAAAUGGGCUAUUUUGCUCCUUAAUCCUCACUGAAAAGACUCCAAAGUGCACACAGUUUUGGCACCCAUAGGGUAGGAGAAGUUCCCCACACACACAAAAGUGCUGGGAAUAGGGGGUGUUGCUGGGGGGAUGCUGAGAAUAUUAAAUGGCAUCCAGUAGGUGGGUUUCCACAUCUUAACCCAUCAUAAGUGGAGCUAUGAUUUACUCAGUUCUCUAGACUGAUAUCACACACCCAACCAUAGACAAACCAUGUUGGCACAGUACAGCAGGCUAAAAUGGAGUUGGGUAGAAACUCAGUCAGUUUGAGUUACAGGAAAGUAAGGUAAAGCCACGUCUAACUGGAAGGAUGAAAAUCAGGGAGCCAGGGCAAUUUUAAGACUCUGAGACCCCUUCCUAAGGAUCCGACACAAUUGCUCCCAUUUUAAAAAGAUGGGAUAAAAAUAUUAUUAUGAUAUGCAUAAC